AUGCCUGAGGAGGCCGCCCAGCAAACACGCGUGUACAUGUCCACGGCCACCAGCAACAUCUGGGGCACAAACGCCCAAGCCGUUCAAGGAGCCUUAGCGCUCCUGGCCAACACGAUGGCCAGGUUCCAGGAGGUGGUGAUCUAUGUCAGCCCGGGGGACGUGGCCUUCAUGCGGACUCAGCUGGACAGUGCGGUGCAGAUCGUCGAAUUUCAAGUGGACGAUCUAUGGAUGCGGGACACGAGCUGCAUCUUCGCGUAUAGCAAUUGCAACAACUACACGGACUGCGUUGGCACAUAUGGCCAGCCGGUGAAUCAUUCGUGGCCCUCUGCCCCUUUAUCCUGCGUGGACUUUAACUUUAACGGUUGGGGAAACAAGCAAGCCCACGCGAAUGAUGCCAAGGUGGCCGCACAUGUGGCCAGUUUCUCGGGAACAGCAUAUGUGAAUUCUAGCUUGGUGAUGGAGGGUGGUUCAGUGGAGGUGGAUGGCGAAGGAACCGCCAUCAUCACGCGGAGCUCUGUCAUCAACCCGAACCGCAAUCCAGGUUGGACAGAGGCUAAUGUUGAGAAUGAGCUCUACACCACGUUGGGCAUCGAGAAGGUGAUAUGGACAGACGGGAUUAUCGGAAGGGAUAUCACGGAUGCCCACAUCGACUUCUAUGCGCGUUUCACAUCCCCCGGGGUGGUGGUGGCUGCUCGCGAGAACGACGAGACCAUCUAUGACUACAAUGUGACCCGCCAGGUGAUUGCUGACUUGCAGGCUGCCACGGAUGCACGCGGGCGUCAGCUCACCGUCCACAUCCUGGACAAUCCUUCCACGCUCCGCCCCGAGUGGAGCUCCGGGAUCGCGGGCUAUGCGGCCUCCUACAUCAACUACUACGUGGCAAAUGGCGUGGUGGUGGCUCAGAACUUUGGAGACAGCGUGACAGACGCGGCUGCCACGUCCAAGCUGCGUGAGCUCUACCCCGGCAGGACCGUAGAGAGCCUGAACGUGGACCCUAUCGCUUUCGGUGGUGGUGGGAUCCAUUGCUCCACCCAGCAGCAACCCGUCGGCAUCACAUCACCCACGUCUACCACCACGGUCACCACGAGCCUUCAGGAUGGUUCUGUUCCAAACAAGACAGAGCGGGCCACCACCUUUGCAAUUGUCUCAAUGAUUCUCGGGCUGCUUUUGCAGCCGCAUGCUCUGACGGUCUGA